GGGUUCCAGGGAAUACGCCAUAUUGGAAACACUGUAUAGUUUUAGCUAACAGUUUAUAGCUAGCGGGAGAAAAGGGGCACUAAUUGAUUCCCGUUGCUUGUGGCGUUUGACACUUCGUUAUUUCCCUGUCGUUUCGUGUAACCCAGUUUACAGGCAGACUCUCGCGGUCCGGAAUCAAAGUUGUCCGCUGAACGGAGGGGAGAAAGGCGUUCUUCUGCUUGACAGGGCUGUUAGAAAGAGAAGUUGAAUGGAUCCGAGGGUCGCAUGGAUUCAGCCGGAACAGAAAGGUCCUGCGAACGCUUUGUGGAUGCGCGUGUGGGAAACGUCUCAGGUAAACCGGACUAACACGGGUCAGCACCCGAACCACCUUCACCACAAACUCUGUGUCAAUUCUCCCUCGUUUGACGUGUAUAAGAAUGUAGCGUCUGGCAAAGGCGUUUGCAACAGCCCUGCCUCUGCUCCAUCCAGCAGCAGCCAUCAUCAGAGCAAUGCAAAUAACAGCACUCGUAUUCAAAUCAACGGCACUGCAAUCUCGAGCUCUGCGGCUCAUGCGUUCAAUGGAAACGCGGUCACGGUAGGUACAGCAGAGGGUGAAAUGCCUCUAAAGACUGGCACAGUUACAUCUUCAGCAGAUUCUACAUCAAGCUGCUCUAAAAUAAGGACUACAAGCCCUAAUAUGAUCGCUGGGAAUAUGAACAAGGCUGUCGGUGGCGGCCAUCCGUUUUUUAGUUGCAGCGAGAGCAUACUGAAUAAUGUCAACCACCAUCAUCCUCUUCAUCCACGACUUUUUCAUCAAGAACAGCAGCAAAGCUGUUUGAAGCGACACCCAUCCCAUCCUGCAGCAAUACACAGCGACCACCAUCAUCAUUAUCAUCAUCAUCACCACCACCACCAUCACCCGGGCCGAAGGAAAAGCGAUAAUAAGGCCAGCACCUACGGGAUUAACUACUUGCUCUCCAACUGGACUAAUGGCAAUUAUGACAACUCCGGCACGCCUUGGAAGACGAGGAAAUAUAACCCAGGAGUGGACGGGCUGCAUGAAGAAAUCAUGGACUUCUACAAUUUCAUGUCUCCUCGUCCCGAGGAGGCCAAAAUGAGACAGGAGGUGGUGGACAGAAUAGAAUCGGUCAUCAAGGAGUUGUGGCCAACCGCUGAUGUCCAGAUUUUUGGCAGCUUUAGCACUGGACUCUAUCUCCCAACCAGUGACAUUGACUUGGUGGUGUUUGGGAAAUGGGAGAACCCUCCGCUGCAGCAACUGGAGCAGGCCCUCAGAAAACACGGUGUGGCAGAACCUUAUUCUAUCAAAGUUCUCGACAAAGCUACGGUGCCAAUCAUCAAACUAACAGAUCAAGAUACAGAGGUGAAAGUGGAUAUCAGUUUCAAUGUGGAGACAGGCAUCAAAGCUGCUAGCUUCAUCAAAGAAUAUGUCAAGAAGUAUACCGUGCUGCCUUAUUUAAUCUUCGUGCUGAAGCAGUUCCUCCUACAACGUGACCUAAACGAAGUCUUCACAGGAGGAAUCAGCUCCUACAGUCUCAUUCUGAUGGUCAUUAGCUUCUUGCAGUUACACCCAAGAAUUGAUGCAAGGAAUCCCAACAUGAAUAUUGGCAUUCUUCUCAUAGAGUUCUUUGAGCUUUAUGGGAGACAUUUCAACUACUUGAAUACCGGUAUCAGGAUAAAGAAUGGUGGUGCAUACAUGGCUAAAGAAGACAUCAUGAAGGCUAUGAGCAACGGCUACAGACCCUCAAUGCUCUGUAUAGAGGACCCUCUCCUUCCAGGUAAUGAUGUGGGCAGAAGCUGUUAUGGGGCCAUGCAGGUGAAAGAGGCAUUUGACUACGCAUAUAUAAUCCUGGGUCACGCUGUUUCACCUCUUGCACGUUCCUACCCCAACAAAGACAGUGACAGCACUUUGGGACGCAUAAUUAAAAUCACACAGGAAGUGAUCGACUACAGGGAGUGGAUCUUAAAGAAGUGGGGUUGUAGACCCAAUUCCCGCAUUGAGAGGAACCCAGGUCCAUCCCAUAAAGACUCGGUGGAGCAGGUAGAGUCCAGUACAAUGCUUGGUGUAGGUGUGGAGGACCAGCAGCAGAGGGACUCCGUUUCCCCUCACAGUGCAGAUUCGCCCAUGUCCCUCUCCAGUCCUCAGCAGCACUCCUCUGCCUCUUCUGCAUCCUCACUUUCAGGCAGCGAUAUUGACUCUGACUCCACGCCAUAUGUCGCUCCACCUGUAGCCCCUUUCCCUCUUCAGAUUCUGGCACCUGGUCCUCUACCACCUGAGCUUCAGAUGGGCACAGGCAAAGCCAACAUCAUGGCAGCACUCAAUAUGCCCCCAGGCACCCAGGUGAGAGUUUCGAUACCAGGCAGUAUUUCAGUCCACACUUUACCUGGCAGACAGGUGUGUAUGGCAGAUGGACCUCCCUCAUACCUCCACAUGCCCCCCCCUGCAGUCCCCCCAGCUCCCCCCAGCCCACUACCCAGUCCCCAUCACCUUCCAAAGACAGGUACCAAGUUCCCUCUGAAGGGCUUCCACAAUCCCGCCGUGGUGCACAGUCCUGUCCUUUCCAACCGAAGCCACAUUCAGUACAACCGCAACACCUGGCGGCGCAGGAAGCGGGACAGUCUACCGGCCAGCGUCAGCAGAUAAAGAUGACGCUGCUCCCCUCUGGGCGCUUCCUUUUCACUUGUUUCCUCAUCCACCCCACCCCUGUGGUUCUGUCUUAAAAUGAUGAGAACCCAUUGAGCCCUCCUACUGAUGGAGCAAGGACCGAUUGACCGGCGUUUGAAACCCAACUUCUCGUUCAGUAGUUGUGGUGAUGGUGGUGCUAAGUAGUUCAGUCUGCCAGUUUUGGUUUUUUUGACCUGUGCAGUCUUCCCAAGGAAGCUUCAAGAGCAGGACAUUUUUGGUCAUCUACUCCACAAUUCCCUGUUCACAGGUGAAACGUUCCUUUUUGUGUGUCAUACUCCUUUUUUACUGUCUUCACAUUUUCAGUCUAAAGCAGACACCCUCCACAUAUGGGACAAGAUUCAGUGGAAUUGAGCGUAUAAUAUUUGUUGUAUCGGGGUGUUUCCUAGGUGUUUGCCACUUUUUGUGUGUAUGUGUGUAAUGCUGGCUUCAAAUCCUGCACUCAAGAUGCUUCCAGAGUCCCCUCUAUAUUGACUAUAACCACAUCAAGCAACUUUGACCUUUUUGUGCAAUAACUUCUUAAUUUCUCUGUUUUUCAUUCACUAUGGAAACCUAUUUAAUUCGAUUUUCUGUGUCAGCUUGUUUUGUUUUUUUUUGGCUCGUUUUGUAAAAAUGUUUUUAUUUUUGUAAUGUUUUUAAUUUCGUUGAUUGUUAACAGAUCCUGUCAGACAGGCUUCUUAAGUGGGAAAAGUCUGUUUUAAAAAAGUCCAACUGUUUAUAUUCCCUUCUCCCCUUUUUCUCUGCAUUGGUUGCACCUGGAUUAGCCUGCGUGGAAGUGGCCAGUUUAGAUCUUGCAGAAUGACUUCCACUCUUUGCCUGUAGGUGGUGCCAUUUCGUUUAUUUUUUUUUAUAUAUAUUUUUUUUUUUUUUGAGACUGGGCUGUUGGUUUUAUAUGUCUCUUUUGUUUGUCUUUAUGGGUGUAGAUUCGUGGCAUUGAGGCUGUAAGAGUAAUGCUCUUUGUGCGCAGAAAUGGCCCACUAAGUUGGUUGCCUCUGAAAUUGCUCCGGUCUGAUUGCGCUUUCAUUUAUGUGUGUAUGUGUGUCUGUCUGUCCAUUUUAAAUUGCUAUAGAUAAGUGUGAGAAGAGAGAAUUGUUUUAGGGAAGCUGUAAUGAACGUGCGAGCAGACUCCAGAUCAGUGCAGCUUUAUGCAAGGUGCCCUAAUCGGACCUUUUCGGACUUCUGAACGGGCACCCCAAUCAAACAGACUAAUGGAGAGGUAAUUUAUUUUGAUUCCUUUCUGGAAUCUUUGUGCAUUUAUUGCCAGGUACUUGCGCUAAUAAAUGCCUUUUCGGUAAAGACCUAUUCCUGUACUAUAUUGUACUGUAUAUUUUUCUGUUUAUAUAUGGCACACUACAACUGUAUCUCUGUUGUUCAGAACAUCACAAGCAUACAGGUUAUUGUUACUAUGCAAGUGGAGUUUUGAAAAUCUCUUGCUGUGUCCCUUAUGAGAGCCAUUGCUUAUAAAUCUUGUCAAGAAACAAACCGAAGUACCAUUAAUGGACUCAGGCCUGAGAGAGCAAUGCGUUUAGCUGGCUUAUCAAGGUACAUGUGUCUGUUUUAAAGGGAAAAACAACCAAACGUCUUGUUUGGAAUUUCCUGCUGCUGCUGCCGCCGCCUUGAACUGAAAUUUCACUGGAGCGCAAGUUUUCUUCCUGGAGAUCAACCGGACUACAUGUAGUGCUGUUACAAUGCUACAACCAUGUUAAUGGCAACUGUCAAAAAACACUUUGAAUGCCUCCUGCACUCUGUAUGGAAUGACUUUGUUUGCCACAAACUUAUGUGAAGUAUUUUACGAAGUCAUAUCUGAAUACGGAGAUUCUUAAGAAAUAUUAUGAGCUACAGGAUUGCCUUUGUAACUCUUGAAUUGCCUGCCUAUCAAUGCAAUUGGGCAAAUGUAACUAAUUGCAGUUUCUGCUUUUAGAUAGAACCAGCAUCUUUUGCAAAGAGUGUUCGACACGGAGGCAACUCCUCCCAUGCCCUUUUGUCCAUCUGCUAAGGACUCCGUUUGCUGUACUUAAUAGUUUGCCCAAAUGAAAACAGCUCCCUCCUUUUCCUGAGUGAAUCUGUGGAGAUGUAUUGGACAGUGGAAGUGUAAUGGUUUAACCUUUGUGGUGAUGUACUGAUUGAUACAGUGUGACACUCCAUUGAAUAUCAAUGACUGAUUUUAAUUUUAAAUAUUUUUUUGCUGACGUCAGUUUUCGCAGUGGCCAAAAACACCCCUGAACUUGUCAGUCCUUAUAUAGAAAGCCCUCAAUGUGGCCGCCCAGCAUCCAAGAAGUCAGUCGGAGGAAUUGUUUUUGUUUUCCUUCAAUAUUUGUAUGUAAUUUUUUUUUCUAUUUUAUUUUUUAAAUAAACAUC